GCAGCACAUUUGGGAACUAAAGACUCCAGCUUGGAUGCCAUUUCAAACCUGUAAAACAAACAAACAAACACAGUUUUAUCUCCACACAGCAACCACAGACUGCUAAAAUUACAUCCCGUGGCGUAAUAUUUUAAGACUGCCAUUUAAAAUAAACAUUUAAAGACAAACCAAUCCAGCUUCAUAUUACACACGAGGUAUCAUAUCGUUCCUAUGCUGUUGCUGGGGAAUUCCUCAGACUAUAUCCCCUGUGUGUAUCUGUGUGUGUGAACAAUGAGGCCUACUUUGGGAGAGCUUGUGAAGCAUGUCCACAGCCUGUUUAAUGAGAUAGCAUGUGGUAUGAUGCUAUGUGUGUGAAAUUGAAGCGCGGGCUGUGUAAAUUGAAUUAAAAGGGUUUGUGUGUGAUAAGAAUGUGCAUGCAAGAAUCAGCCUAUAGGUUAGCAUAGAGUCUGCCUAACAGUGUGUGUGUGAUGUGAUUAACAUGGAUCCAGGAGUAGACUAUAUUGCCAGCAGCACUAAUGUAGGAGGAACAUGUUGACUGCAGACCAUGUCAUCAUGCCAGGAAAAAAUGGGUUUCAAGGGAUUUUAGCUCAAACGAAAAGCACCAAAUAGUAAUCUUUAUUCCCCUGAUGUUUUAACCUCAACACGGCUUUCUUGAGCUCUUUAGUUACAUAUACUGACUCUAUCUGCAUAAAACAAGAGCAAAACCUUGAGUAAACUAAACUCAAUCUGUUAAAUUAACAAAACUUCAUAUCAGUUUAAACUUUUUCCAGAAUAACAUCAAAAUUGACCUUCGGGCUCUGCAAAAACCAUUGUCCCCAUGUCUUUAUCCUGUUUAACUUGUAUCAGAUAAUGAACCGAACCAAUAGGCCUCGGAUCAUUACAUUUGUUGAUCCAUUAUUGAUUAACAAGGAACAUCGCAUGAUCACUGAACUGAGUAGUGUUAAGGCCUAAGAAGAGAUGACUUCUCCCAACACCAGUGAUCCAUAUGAGUGCUUCAAAGCGGGGGUAGGAGGCGCUUUAGUUAGUGAUUCACCUCAGCCUUCUCUACACUCCCUCUGAAAAUACUCAAGGAGCCAAAAAGAAAAUACCUCACAGCUGUUCCCUCUGCAGCCAAGCCAUUCUUGCUAUGCUUUUUUUACACAGACGGAGGCCCUGUGCAUCUAUAGAUCUCCUGACUACUCUCCGAAUGUAACCCUCUCUAUGCCUUGUUACAACUUCACUUUAAGCCAAAGGUUGUCAGUAGUUCUUGACUUAAAAAUGCUCUUAACUGUGCAAAAUUCCUAAGGACCAAUGAGAAAGGGAUCAGGAGAAAACACAAGGAGACUGGGGGUUGGAAGUAUCACGUAUGCCACUGGGAAUGUCAGUGUCACGACCUUAGCGGAGAAGGCAAAAAGAUCAGUCUCUGGAGCGCUUAUCUUGCUCUCCAUCUGUAGUAGAUUUUGUGACACGAGGAGCGCAGAGGGGUAGAAAACACUUUAGACCCCCCCCUUUUCUCACCCCCCUAAACCCGAAACAAAAGCACUUCUCUUGUUUUCUGGCUGGGAGAGAGGCACACAGCAUGAAUAAUUAACAAGGGACAAACACAAACUAUCAGCUGCAUAUCUGAGAGUUGUCACUUAUCUGUUACUGGGAUCAAAAACAACGCUAAGCUUAUUUCUCAAGAAAGCGACACUCAUUACUUCCACAAAGAUGUCAUUACUUUCUCCCUCAGGAUGCUCUCUACAAGCAGUAAUUUGUUGUACAAUGUGUGGCAAAACUUUUUCAUCUUGUCAUCAUUAUCUAGUAGCGAGUGUCUACAAAAUAUACAUAUAAAAAUGAAUAUGUAAGUCCUGCAGUUCAAAACAAAAGGCAUUUAUCAACUGAGGCAUAAAAAUCUGCAUAAUGAAAUUUGUAUAAAAAUGAUGUCUCAAAUUACUGACGAACAAAACAACACCACUCAGUUCUGAUCUGCUCCAAAAUAAUUGGCAUUUUGUAUCACAGGAAAAUUCAAGACGGGACUUGAUAUCCAGCUGAAUUGUGACACAAUUGCCUACAAUAUGAUUAGACUCCCAUUUUUUAAUUAUUUGGCAGUAUAAUUUGUUGUUUUUACUGGAAGUUGAUCAUUUGCAACACAAGAUAGAGUAAACACAUGAAACUUGGGGGUGUCAACUUUUCAAAAAACUUUGAAAUGAUAUUUGGUUGGGUCAACCAAAUUUUUCUGUAUACCCAGCAGUUUUUUGUUUGGUCCAUUCAGGAUCAUAAUCAUACAGCAAAAACAUUUUCCGCUUACCGUAAAUCAGUGGUUCCCCUUUUCAGGUGUGUCAGACACCUAAGCAUAAGAAAUCGGGUGUGGCAUGUGAGCGUGUGAAUGUGUGUCUCAUGGCAAAUGCGUGAACAUUGGCAGCUAUGGAACCUCGAUAGCCUAUUUACGGUAGAUUUAUUAACUCAGCAUGAGUUUUAUUAGUUAAACAUGACACUACAGCUAACAGCCAUUUAGAUUUACUUGGCUAGCUGCUUAACAAGGUUAGUUGCGCACACAUCAUUUAAAACAAACUAAAAUAUUAUUAGUUAAGUGAGUGGGUUGAAAUACAUUUUUUUAAACUUAUUGUACAAUUUCUUUUUUUGCUACGUUAUCUUUUGCUGUGUUCCAGUUACCUCAGAAGUCCAAUGUCGGAGCUGGGAAUGACGUUACACCCGAGUUGACAGUGUUCCAGUUAACAAGUCGGAAAACCAAGAUGGACGCCUACAGUUAGCCGUUGUUAGCUGCUGUUUACAACUGUCAGCUGUGGUUGUCAGCUGUAGCUAGCCGUUGUUAGCGGUUUUUAGUUGUAGUUAGUGGAAUGCAGCGUAAACCCCUCUAAAACUGUGACUACCUUAAACACUUUUUGUGAACAAAGUAAACUUUCAAAGUGCUAGCUGAUUCUGACACAGUUUGAGAUUGGCACAGCAGGGCUAAUACUUGUAAUGUGUUCCACUUCCUGCUUGACUGCUAGCUAGGCAAAGUUAAAAAGAUGUUUGGAGGCUAGUGCUGUGGCUAAGACCCUAUAUGUACUGUUGAUGAAGUUAGGGGCUGUUCUUUUGUGGCGAUAGAGUGGCGUUUUGGUCGAGGUUUGUUUAUGGUUCCAUAGACCGCUGUGUAUUGCUAUCCUGCGGUCGUUACUUAAGUUGGUAUAACUAGAGAAGCAAGCGGUCGGCAACAUUCAUCUCUCGAAGGGGUGUCUAACUCGGUGUUAUGGUGUUUUUGACCUAAAUUAAUUUUACACCGGAAUAUCCCUAUAACGUUUUCCAGUAGGUGCCACGAUAUGACAGAGAAGGUAAACUGGAGGCGUGUCCGGUCGGAGGAGAGUCUCCGCCCCCCGGAGAGGACCAGGCUGCUGGAUGAGCCGCUCCGCUUUCAGUGACUUUGGAAAACUGUUUGCUCACCAAUCUCUCCUCCACACUACACGCUUCUUCAGAUUGGAAUCGCAGACCUCGGAGCGGUGGAUUUUACUCGCUGGACGCUGGUGGGCACAGUUCACCUCCGAGGACGACCACACCGAUCGGCUUUGGUUCUUAGCUGAUUUGAAUACUUACCUCCAGCUGUACCAGGCUUCUCAAAUCGGCUGAUUCGUGUCUUUUUUCACGGGAACACAGCCUCUCUCAGGCAGAGGUUUGGGCACUGAGCUGCGCUUUGAGGUAAGAGAAAUGUAUCUCUGCUUUUGAUGAAGUGUCUCAAACUUACAUAUAGGGUGAAAAUGAAAACCUAUUAUGACACUGUCUGAGUGUUUUAUCGCUAAGCGGGCUCAUGAUUCAUAACAUCGUGUCCAAUGUGCCGUGUUGUGCCUACUUUGUUGCCGCAAGUUACAAAUUCUCCUCCCGUUUGGAUUCCCAGGGCGUAAAAGGCUGACGCUUUGUUGCGCGUUGCCAGAAAGCGAUUGUUUAAGUCGUUUAUUUGUGUGUUACAGCAUGUAGUCUUGAGUUAACCUCAGGUCAUGCCGGUGUUGUUUUUCUUCAGGGGAGCACACAAACACUAAGCAGCCUCUGGUGACUUAGCUACUGUGCCACGAAUCAGUGUGAGAAAUGUGCGUAAAAAUGCAGUCCACAGAAACUUGACAUCGGAGGGGAAUCCGGAGUAAUGUGUGUCAGCUCUCCAAGCUGGCAUCCUUCCCACGGGGUUUAGCUAUAACCAAGGAGGAGGAGGAGGAGGGCUGUCUGCAGGGAUGUAUGGGGUCAUCACCAGAUGGAUGUCUCUGACGGUGCUACCUUUGCUGUAGGGCAGGAGUUCACUGUCAGUUUGCAUUAAUCACUUUGAUACAUCAUCCAAAAACCACCUCAUCCUUCUUCUUUCAGUGUCUGUCUGUCUGAUCUCCGCUGGAGUGAACAUGACACAUUCAAGAGCUCUGAGAAAGUACUCAAAACUCAAUACUACCUCUGAGGACACAGUUAACAAACAGAGCAUGUGACUGCUAAGUGAAUUCAGGGAGAUUGCAUCACUGCUUCUCUCCAAAGUUUGGCCGAACAAAGUGCAGAUUCAGAAAGUUUCAGCUCGAGCAUUUGUUUGGUUUCAACUUGAAAUCGGGUUAUAAUCAGAUUUUACCCGAUAAGAGACUGAUCCCAGGGGACCCAUUAAGACAGAGUGUGGUCCAGGUGAGUGCUGAAUUUCCCUGCCUCAACCACUCACCCCGGCAGUCCAUCUCUCUGAGGCUGGUUCAGUCUGUCAGCAAGUGAGGAGGAGAGUCGCAUCACACCCAGUCGUCUCCUGUCAGGAUUAAUGAGCUGAUUUACUGCCACAUCAUAUCAACAUUUCCUCAUUAUUUGUCUUUUUCUCUGUCUGUUCCACCCUCUUUUUUUCCCUCCCAAACCCUAAUGAUCAGGAUUGAACAAUUUGUAGAGAGGAACUGAAAACAGAGGCGUGUUUGUUCCCCGUGUUGUGGGUGAACAUUUGUCUUGUGCUGUGGGUUGAGAAAAAAAAAAAGCAGCAAAAGAAACAGUAGUAUUGAUGCUUUUGGAGCAGCUGCCAGCAUGGAUGACUAAACCCCGCCUGAAGCCUUUCUCUCCUCGGCUUGAUUCACAUGAGUGUUGGGAAAUAGUUUGGUUGCUCAGACACACACACAAGUGAUGUCUGUGGGAUACAAAGUACAAAUGCAAACAACAGGGGUUAGUAAACCUUCAGUGUAAAUUACACAGAGGAUAAAGGUUAGCAGCAACAAUGUGGAGGAUGGCAAUUAGAAGCGAGCCUGUUCGAGUGUAUUUCACGUCUCCUCUGAGCCAAGCUGGUAUUUUAUUCCGCCUACAGACACACCAGAGCACCUGGUGUGAGACUUGCCGCCGGUGAUCAGCGCGCUCAUUUUAAUCGUGCCUCUGAUAAUGUGUUGCUCUUAAUCACACAUUCACAGAGCCAACGAUUAGGGGAACAGCUAAAACAAAUGAACAGGAAGAGAGUGUGAGAGAAAAAUCUGUGUGUUUGCAUGUGUGUGAGUUAGUUCACUGUCCUUGGCAGAGACAAAAAAGUGAGGAUUUCAGUGUAUGGCAGCUCCUGCAGAGAGACACGGGGUGACUGACUUGAUGCCGCCUGGUCUGGCAGAGCAGCACUCAUUAAAGGCCUGAAAUUAAUCAAUCUGUGGUUCCACAUGGUUGGGUGCCUGCCUCCGAUUUCUGUCUCCCCCUUGUCCUCACCCCUUUCACACUUUCACUCUUUCCUUAAUAUCCCUUGAUGUGCCUGUAAAUUAGGCUGCUCCUGCCUUUUUUGGCCAUGUCAUUCAAUUACUGGCUCUGAUUUCACAUCCACAACCUCCUCCCUCCGCCUUGAUCUGUCCUCCCCUGUAUCAUCUCAUCUAUUAUUCUUUUCUUCCUCUUCCCCCCCAUCCUCCCUCUUCUUCAUUCCCCCUCAUCCAGUGUUCCAGGCAUGCCUGUAUCUGUAUCGAUGGGUUCAGCGAAUGCAGAGGGGGGAAACGAGGCUGGGUCAUCAUUCCACGCUCUCUUUCCCCUGUAUCAGCCCCUCUACUACGGCAGCAGCGGUCCGUAGAGAGCCCGGAACUAAAUGGAGUAUCUAUUGGCUCAAUGAGAAAAUUGCUUUUUUCGAUUGCUAGAGGACCCUUCAUUUAAUGUGUGUGAUGCAGAGGCCUCAGCCAGUAAUGGGUUCAGCAUCUUUGUUGUCAGGAGACAAGAGAAAAUGAAAUUUGCUUUUCAGCUAGCAGAAAUAAUUUACUCAGGGAAAGGUAUGUUUUUCAUCAGCUGUGUCACUGCCAUGUAGGUGUGUGUAAGCGUAUAUUCUGCUCUGUGCUUCUGAGAGCGUCUAAUGUCCAAACCCUGUGGCUCGAUAUAAAUGCUGAAAGCAGUUUUAGCCAAAGGUCACGUCAUAUCAAAAACUCUGCUGCCCUUUAAAGCAGUCUGGUAACUUGUUAAAGAUGGAGUUUUAUCUUUUAACAGUAGCUCUCUUACUGAUGUAAACAUGGUGAGUGCUGUUAAAACAGUGCUCUGAAAUGCUAAAUAUGAGGGUGGGUUCAGAAGGAAUCCCUCUAAAACUAUGAAAUAAUAUUCUGGAGUAGGGCUGGGUGAUAUUGCUUCAAAUCAAUAUCACGAUAUAUCGAGCUGUUCACCUCAGUAAUGAUAAAUGGACGAUAACUACUCCACAAGAUGCUCACCUCCUUUCACAUUAACUUCGUCUACUUCAGCUGCCGCUCCAGCAGCUACAACUUUUGAACCGUCCUCCAUCUCCUCACCUGUCUUUCCCUCUUUGGUACGGACUGAAUGGGGUGGAGUCACGUCUCUGAUGUAGGACAGUGUGCUAAAGGGAAACGAGACCAUAGCCUACCUACACACAUCCAAAACAACUUUUAUUUAUUUGAAUACUUAGACACCAAAUAUAUCAACAUGAGCAAAAUGACGUUGAUUAUUGUCGUAAAUUUCAGUAUCGGUAAAUUUUCGGUUUAUCGCCCAGCCCUAUUCUGGAGUACUGUUACUCCCUUAUGUAUCACAUGAAUCAAUUUGCUGAUAUCAUUGGCCAGUAUAAGCCUUUCACAUUCAUGUUGGUACAUGUGUUCAAUAGACACCAUUGUUCAUUCAAUCAUUGUAUGUUUGAUAAAGAAGCCUUCUCAUUCCCUUUGCCAUGCAGCCCUAUCAAUGCAUAACUAGCCCACAAUCAACAAAGGCCCCUUUACCAUUUUUACAUCCUGUAUGUGCUAAUUUAAUUGAAAAGUCUGUAUAGUUUUCUGUCUUAAAAGUGAAUUGGCUCAGCUCCAGUAUGGUCACUUUCCUCUACGAGCAGAUAAGUUCGACAUUGUAUAAUUCAGUAAGAUUCUCACGUCCCUGCAUUCCUUUGGCCCAUGCGUGUCUCCAUCCAGGCCAGGAAGCAGGGAAUGACCUAAGCAUGGGGCAGCUGGCAGCCCCAGAGUAUACCAAGAGCAGGAAGCUGAGGGGCCUCUCUCUGCUGACGCUUCCUUUUUAUCAGGAGGAAGCAGGCCGGCUGUUUGUGCUCGACCUAAAAAUUCUUUGUGCUUAUCUCGCAUUCACCCUAUUUCCCUCCAUAAUGGCUGUGCUGAGCAGGUAAUGAGGUAAAAGGUAUGUAUUUGACAAGCUGGGCUGUGCAGAUAGCGGGUUUUCUCCAACGGGCCCUUGGCUCAGUAGGUGCUUAGUUGAGGGUUCACUCAGUUCCCCUUUCCAGGAUGUUCAAAUCACAUCUAUCUUUAAAUCCCUCCAGCCAUCUUUCCCUUUCGCAUAAUGUUUUUCAGAACUAAUAAACCGUGUCACUCAGGUGUCCAUUAAAGGCUGAUGUUGAAGCCCUGCUGGUCAUUAAACGGAGCGAGGACACUCGGUAAAUCCUUCUGCCUUAGCCGGAAGGUUUCGUCCUCACUUCCUGCUCUAUUUCAUCCCCCAGAUGUAGUCAAAGCUCAGAGAGGGGCUUAGGCUGGCGGGGGAAUCUGGCACACUGAUAGGUAUGUGACACGGGGAGAUUACCUGCCUGGCUUUGAAGAGCCCGGAGAAAACUCUGAUCCACUGAAUGAUGCAGAAGUUGAAGCACACUGCUGCUGCUGCUGCCUGAAAGUACAGUGAACAAAGGCCAUGACAGAGCAGCAGCACACAGCUCUUUGCUUUCAGUGGAUUAAAUGGGAGCAUUUGUUUUUAGUUGGCCAGACUGUCAACAAUUUCUUUAUGAGGUUCACACAAUAGUGCUGGUUGACUCACAUUGGGCUCAGUGUUGGCACUCUGGGCAGAGGAUGCUGGGUGCUAAUCAAGUAGCAGAGAGAAAGAGCUCAUUUCAUGCAUUUGUGAGUGUUUUCCACACUCGAACACUGGAGCUUUUCACUGUAGAUGAUAUUUUUUGCUAGUUUGGACAUUUUUAUACAUAAGGCGCUCUUGUUAAAGAAAGAACUAGCCUCUUCUCCAUAAACUGCUUGCUUCCUGAGAGAUGUGAUUAGGACUUCAUGUUCAGAUGAAUCCUUUUAUAAAGAGGAUUGUAGGUUUUAUUUGAAACCCUGAAGGAAAGAUGCUCUCUGGAUAAAGAUUCUGAUGUCUGUAUUGUAGGAGUAGAAUUAUGAUAGCAUUGUAAGUACAGUACUGGAGCAUGCGUCUUGGUCUGCAUGUAUGCGAACAAACAAAGACUUCUUUUGGAAAAUGAUCUGAUUUUGGAAAGUGCUCCAUUUUAAACCAAUUGUACAGUUUAGCUACAUUACAUCAUUUGUUGUCAUGAAUUGGAGGGCUUUCAAUGCAUUGCAGCUUUAGAUCAGUGUAUUAAGAUGUUUUUGGGCUUAUACAUAAGAAUAAUUAUCUGAUAUCUAUUAACAAAAAUCUGCAGAAUCUUUAAGUCGGGGCAAGAUGUUUAAUUUCAAGUUUUUUGGUUCCUGUUUCUUGUUUCAGACAGUCCAUGUAGAGUGAAAAAAGAAGCUGAAAAUGUCUGUUUACUUGGAUCUGUAUAGUCUGACAAAACUGAGCUUUUUCUUUAUCUCUUUAAGCACAAGCACAACUCUAAGUAGAGACAUAAACAAGAUGAUUUAAAGAUGAUUUAUAAAGUUAGAAAUGAUUUAUUGAAACUAAGAAUGUCCCAAUCUGGAUCAGUGUGGACCUCCAUGACUCAAACUUAAUGACACAAACACACGUGCACAAACAGCCAGAUUACAACAACAACCGCUUUACGACAGCCUACGGCAACUCUCCGGGGCCAGAUAGUUCAAAGGCCAAAUCAUAAACACAGAACUGUCUGUUACACUAACAUUAGCCACCCUGUGGCUAAAAUGUCAGCCGUCUGGAACUCUUUCAGACUUGAUAGUGAAAAAACAGUCCGACAGCCAGUUGCAAUAUUUACAAUUUGAUUGUUUCCCUGAGGUGGUAGCAGUUGGAAAGUAACAGCAGCUGAGUUCAAUAGAAUACAACAGCUAAAAGCAAAAACAUGCAACUGAAUACAACAAUUUUACAAAAGACUGCUGUGCUGAAGCAACAAACUCUUCACUUUAAAAGGAAGGAUAAAUAUCUCGGAGAGAGCAGAAAGACCUAAAAGAUUAGAGAGAGGGUGGUUGGGUUCAUCAUCAGCGUGCUGGUUUUUCCCUCUUUGGAUCCAUGCUAUUUCCUGCCGUCUUGACUCUACAUUUCAGCCACAGCAGAGCUGUUCGGCUAAAUUCUAAUAGGAGGUGAUUUAAAACAUGAUGUGACCACGGUUAGUUUAAGAAUGGACAUUUAGAGCAUUUGAUGUUGUCAUUGCUGAGCCUUACUGCAGACAGGACUGAUGCCUUCGCCUUUCAUUUUAAGGGGAUCCAGAUCAGUUGAUAUUGUCAAAAAAAUUGUACAUAAAAAAACAACCUGUAACCCAAACCUCAAUGUUAUUUUUGAGAUUUAGUAACUGUUUUUUCAAUCAAUCCCAAUAAACUAUUUGACAUGGUCAGUUCAGAUAAGGUCUUGGACAUUGUCUUACAACACCCAUGCCAUUCUUAUGUAUCAUGUCGCCAGUCAGACUCCAGACAAUGACCGGCAGAGGAAGAGGAAGUCUCCAUCAACAGUAAUCCAGGUUUCCAAUAGUUUGCACCAGAAAUAUUGUCUGUCCACCCAAAAAUAGACAGUAGCCAAUGAGUUACUAAGUAGUUAGCAGCCCUUGGGGAAAAAAACCCUGUGAAUUAAGUUUCGCAGGAGAUUAUUAACACCAUAUUUCACUGAUGAAACCACACACAGCAAGGCAAAACACCCCCGAGCUUCAUUUCCAUCACUUUUCUGCUCAUCUUUGGCUGUUUUUCUAGGAUGGUACUGCAUGCUGAGCUCGACCCAGAUCUGUUUUUGCAGCCUCUCCCUAUGACUCAUUGGUUCUAAUGGUUCUCUCGUCUCCUGACUCAGGCAUUUUUUCUGUCAAAAUGGGACGCUCUCCCAGCUUCUGGUCUUUCUCUUCCUCUGUUGCUCCAGCCACAACUGUGUCCCGAUCCUCCUCCUCCUCCACUUCACCUCUCCCCCCUCUCCAGGUUCCAGUCCUCAAGUGCUCCUGCUUCUUCCAUCUUGUUAGUGGAAUAAGAAGCACAUAGCUGUACAAGAAUGCCCUUAUUAGUCAUGUGGGUUUUCUUUUAAUGUGCCCUCUUUCAUUACAAAUUCAUCUUUGCGUUUUUUCUCCCUCUGCCUUUAGGGGGUCUGAGCCCCUAAAUAUCCUGUUUAUUUUUAAUCACUGAUGAUGGGCUGCAGUAUAAUGUGAUAUGAUAAUGGUUACCCACAAAUAUAAACACACAUUUGCUCCAACCACAAACUGAUUAGGUUAUUCAGAGUGCACAAAUUAUUGUAGGGAUGGACAGCAGCUUGUUAAUGAUGACCCAGAUAAUUAGCCCAUUAUCAUUUUCAGCAAAUUAAAUGCAUGUCAGAUGUUGAAGCUGGAUGUUGGCUCAUUAGCUCACUUUAUCCUGUGUGGGUUAUGAUUGGAAGGUGUGGUAUGAAGCCAAAAGGGUGCCAUUAAAUCAUAUUUAUAUACACAGAGAAGACUGUUGGUUGGUUUAUGUGACACGGCCUAGUUUACUGUCCCGGCUUUUCCAAUGUGGCUGAAUUAUAGAGUACCACUAAGAGAUUUAUUUUGAGCUUGAUCUGAGUUUGCAUCCCAGUCAGUUAAUAACACUUUGUCGUUCCAGUCAGUGUUCGCGAAACAAACCCUCAAAUACACAAAUAUACAAAAAGCUCUAUAAUGCACAGCCAUGCAGCUGGCAGAAAUAGGAUUAUUUAUAUUUACUUCAUAUAGAUUUUAUGUCUUCCUGAUACUAAGCUAACUGUUUUGCUUUCAAAUCAUUAGUAUGGCACAGAAAUGCCUGAGCCAAGCAGAGAUUUCUUUUAUAAAUCUAACUUUAAAGUGAUUGCUGUAAAUUUCUGUCGACUUAAUUGGGCUAAUGUGAUUCUCUUCCUCCUUUCUUCCCAGCAUUCUGAUUAUAUGCAUUGGUAUUCAAAUAGCACGCCAAUAUGAGAGUAAGCACCUUUUUUUAAAGCCCCAGCAUGUUUCUUUCUGCUCGGCUGGCUGCCUUUUGAAGCCCACACACCUUGUCCAGAGAGCUACUCCCUGCAGCUGCUGCAGAAUAACAGCAGAGUUACAGCCCUUCCUACAGAACCAGACUCACCACAGGUCCAUCAGACAUACGGGCUCUUUGUCAGCCUCCACAACAUUGAAGGGACACAUCAGCGUUUGAUUUUUAAAGAAAAUCACAGCAGGUUUCAGCGUAUACCUGGGGAAACUUGGGGGAAGGGCCGGCUAAUGAUGUAUCGCCUGCCAGGAUCACAAGCCUGCCAGAUAAACGCUUGUGUUUCAGGCUGGCUUGUUAAAGAAUUGGCCUGAAAAAUCUUUAUAGUGUAUAAACCUGUACUGUGUAAGUGAGAGCCAUCUGUCUGUGUGCAUAUAGAGCUUCUCUCGGGGUUUGCUUUGCUUAUGUGCUAAUGUUAUCUCACCUGAGGUUACACCACCUCUUCUGUUUGAGUGUGAUGCAGGUGUGCUUUAUAUUCAGGAUUUUCUGCCAGUGUUUCCUCUGUGUCCUUCUGUAAACAGCCCACAAUAGCACCACGACACUUCGUAUGGUUAAAAAGUGAAGGACAAAGGGGCGCUGAACUUUAACAUCUGUUUUGUCUACCAUUUCCAACUGUUGGCGUAAAUGUGAGAUUAAGUUUGGUCGUAUUUCAUAUAAAAAGGCUUUUUGUUUAACUUUCAAACAACAGUCAGUAUGAGCAUUCAGCCCAUUUCUGCUGAAACUACCAAUAGCAGAAGCAGCAAAAAUUAUAGUGGCUGACAACUAAUUUGCUAGCUCAUGUCGUGUAGGCAGUAGCUAACUAGAUUAAAGCAAAUAAUACCCUCUGAAAGUGUCACAAGAUAUGAUAGAAAAGUUAUAAAUUUCAGGAAGGCAGUGACAAUUUUACAAACGACAAUAAGGGCCACAUGAAGAGAAAAAAAAAUUACAGGAAGGAGAUUAAAGUCAAAAUUUGAGAUCAAUAAAAUCAAAAUUGUGUCAACACAGUCGAUAUUUCGAGAUUAAAAAUUGAAAUUUCAAGAUUAUGGUUGAAAUUUUGAGAUGACAAAAUGUUGAAAUGUCGUGAAUAAUGUCGCCGAAAAAAGUCGCAUUUUGAGGUUUAAAAAAAUAAAAAUUUUGAGAUCAGAGUCAAAAUUUUUAGGCUAAAGCCAACAUGAAUAAAGUGGAAAUUUCAAGUGUUUUAAAUUUCGACUUUAAUCUCAAGAUUUUGACUUCAAUGUCAAAAUGGAAAUUCGGAGAUUAAAGUUCAAAUUUCGAGAUUAUGAAGUGUCGUGAAUAAUGUCGAAAUAUGAAUAAUGUCGAAAUUUCAAGAUUAAAGUUGAAAUUUCAAGAUUACAAAAUAUCGAAAUGUCAGAGAUUAAAGUCGAAAUUUUGAAGUUGAGAUGAAUAAAGUGGAAAUUUGAGUUAUUAGAAUUUGACUUCAAUCUCUUCUCUUGGCCCUAAUCCUCUUUCCUACAUGUUAGACUACAGUUGAAUAAAUGUUUAUUAAUUUCCAACUUGUAGCAAAUUAGAGCUUCCUGCCCAGUGUGCGUCGAAAUAGAAAAUGGCCUCUGUGUGUCUGCAGUUAAUCAAGGUUCCACAAUAGACCCAGUAUCUUUUAGCAGUCCAGACUGGUUUCUCACAGUGAUGUUUCUUGGACAACUUCCCACUAUGCUCUUACUUGAUGAUGAAUUCACUCGCCUGAAUGGCCCCUGCAUGUCUGCCUGAAUAAUAGCCUCUUUCCUUUUAACAGCAGAUCAAAUUUACAUGUUGUAGACGGUUAUUUUUACCCCUCAAAGGGGGAAACAAUUAGACAGCAAAGACCGGGUGCCGCACUGCCUCAUGAUUUUUUGAUGCUGCUUUAUGAAAUUUUCAGCCCGCCGCCACUCUGAAAGCGCGCUCCCAGAGACAACGUUCACAGGUCAGUGCACUAAAACACGGCCUCUAUCCUUUGGGCAAACAGUCGGUCAGUGCUAGCUGAUGUGGUAAAGCUAUAAGAAAACCACACUGCCAUUACUGUGGAGGGGGUGUGCUGCAUUUUAUAAACCCAGAGGAUCAAAAUCAACAAGGAGUUCUUAAGAAACCAUGGUUGUCUAGGAAGCAAAGAGGAAAAAAUAGAUGCAAGGGGGUGUUUUUUUCUUACCGUGAAAUUUCUUUGUAAUAGUUAUUAUAGUAAACACAUGCACACCAUGAAGCAUAAUUCAUUUCCUUCUAAUCCUAACCUCGGCAUAUCCUCUUUUCCUUGAAGCUUUAGGCCAAAAAGGAGAAUCGACUGCAUAGAAAAUCCAGCCACUGUUUCCCCAUUUGAAGUCUGUUAAAGAAGUUUGAUCAUGGAAAAUGUAUUUCCAGUCUCCAGGUCUUAACAUUUCUGGCUAUAGAUUCCUGGAAUCACCUCCACAUGUGUUUGUCAGAGAUAGCACAGUCAGACACAGCAGGUGUGAAAUGAAAUUGGCUGCAGCGUUCAUUGAUUUAAGCAUUAAAGAAAAAAAGGGAGCAGAUGCUGUCACGAUUUUUUUUCUCUCGUUGAACGUCAGGUGAUCUUGGAUGGUUUCCCACUGAUUUGUCAGAACGGCAGUCCAACAGCGAAGUGGACCAACCUCGUCUUGCUCACCUGGGUUUGACGCUUCAAAUGGUGAAAUGUUUGUGGAUAAAAAAAGACAAUUCAGGCUUUUUUUCCACGAGGGUUUUGUCCCAGAGAAACAUGCCCGGAUCAUAUUUCCUGAUAACACUUGACAGGAGUCAGAUCCCAUGUGUAAUGCCUCAGCACAAAUGUCGAAGCCAAGGUAAUUUUGUGGGUGAUUCUGAAAACCCCUCAGUGUGUUGAGGGUCUCCUGGCUUUUUCCCUCAAGCCAUUCAGUAAAAAUAAUCAUUUGUCUUCCUAACCGGUGGUGCAGCUGUUGGACCCAAACUGGUGCUCUAAUUGGAUAGAAAUCAAAACAGGAUUCAACACAGAAGAGAGAAAAAACAGGACUCUGAUUUCUGUCUUAUAUGCUAAAAUAUGUUUAGUUACAGUCACUGGUCGGACAUGAUCUCAUUUGACCUCACCACAUUAAAAUGAUGCACUAAAGACACAAUGAGGCAGAGGAAGCCAGAGUUGUGAGCAAUUACCAAAACCACUUUUGCUUAUCUCUGCAGGCAGUUGGAAUUGGACAAGCUGUUUUUUUAAUGUAAUGAGGAACAGAUGUCCAAACGUCUCUUUCUAAAAACAUCUCUGGGUUUGGUUUGCUUUCUAUAUAACCACCACAUCCAGAACAGCCCCGACCUCACCCUUGAUAAUCCAGUCUCUACCAUGAGCUCUAAAAACACAGCCUCCAAAUAUUUGCCUGGCUCUUCCUGUGUAUAUAUUUAUUCUGUUGCUUUUGGCACAAACCAAAGAUCUGUUGUGUUUCAGACGAGCGUCAGACCUUGCAGACAGCGGGAGAGUUUUCAAACUUCGACAACAAAACCAUUUAAUGUCUCCUCCUGUUACUCCACAGCUCAUUAUGCCGAAUAUCUUCUGUAAUCUCCUCCUGCUUUGUUCAUAUAUUCUCCAUUUGGAGGCUGGUAUCAACACUAGUCUCAUGUCGGGAAAAUUAAUGAGGGUUUUUUUCUCUCCUCUUUUUUCCGACUUGUGAGCUUGUGUGUUGUUUCUGAUUUCUGUUUUCUUCUGCAAAGACGGUAUCAAUCUGCCAAACUCAUUUGAUGAAAUUUGACAAACUGCUGCUUUAGUUAUCUUGACAGCUGAUUAGCACAUCAAUCACAUUUAAUUCUUGCUCCAGCUCACAGGAUUGCUGUUCCUGACGUCAAGUUUGCAGAGGAGCCGUGUUUCACCAUAGACAUCCCUGCUGUGGUCACUGUUACAGUAGUGGAGAGCACAUAAUGGGCUGUUUAUGUAUAACGGCGAGGUUGCCUCCUGCUAACUCUGCAGUACACGCUCGAAUGCGUUACUCAGAAUUUCAUCACUAUCCUCAAUUAAUACUCAAGACAACAUCAGCAGCAUCUGCUCAAGCAAGACAGUUGUUGAGAGAAUUUUAAAUGCGCUCUGCUGCAGAGUGUUUUUACCAUUCAGAACUUGUAAUCAGCUCCACCAGCAGCUUCAUUAACAACCUUCGGAGGUAAAGUUAAGGCUGCUUUCUUCAUUCUUGUGUUUGAGUCUUAAAUCAAACCAUCGCUUUAUAACAGGUUUGACCUCGGCCUGUCUGAUGUCCCACUGACCACAUUCAUCCCCACACAAUUGUCUCCGAUCCAUUAUGUUUUGCGCUGUAAACCUAUUGACUUGUGUUUCUUCAGGGACCUAAUCUUGGCCCACCUCCAAGCAGCUCAGUUUCCAUCCUCUCCCCAUCUUUCCUCUGUCUCCCAUAAAUCAAUGUGUUGUAAUUGCAUAAACUCCCUUUCCCACAGCUCCAGCUGGGAGGCCGGGAGAAAGUGUUUCCCUAUCGCCAUUUAACCUUAACCCGUGUUCCCACCACCGCCAUGUCCCCAGCUUGUGAAACUUUUAUUUGGGCCUUUAAAUAUCUCUGUUUGCAGACUUUUCUUUUAUUGGUAAUCUUUGAUGUUUUAUGCAUUGUUUUUCCAGGCGGCAGGGCGGUGGAGGUUAUCUUUCUCACAGCUGGUACUGAGUGUUUACAUCUGGCUAAUACACUCUAAGCUCAGCAGAUUAAAUCUCAUUUCUCUGAGUGCUUUUUGUGUUGAGCCAAGCAUGAUUUCUCCUGACGUCUCCCCUCCAGUGGCUCCCUCGGCCUGUCAAAGGAAUGUUUCUUAAAGCGCGCCUGCAUUUUCACAAGAUUGUACCCUGGAAAAGGUCUAACCCUCUUUUUCCACAUUUCAGUCCCUCCUUACCUCCUCUUGGGAGUCACUCACAGAAAGGAGAGCUCGUCAAAUGGUGUCUUUUAACUCUCUGUCCGGUGGGUACUGGACUCAGAGUAAUCCAAUGUGGAGAUCAGUGAGAAUCUAAAGGAUUUUGCAGUGAACUGAAGUCUCACUCACACAGUUCUUUAUCCUGGUUUCAUCUUCUGCUGCUCCAGUAAUCCUCCUACCGUCAGUCUCACUCGGCCCUGCUGAAAAACAAGAGUGAUAAAACCAUUUUUCGGCCCCUCAUGCAGAAGCAGAAAGACAUUUUCAAGCUAUUUGGCCAUUAGCGCAGACAUAUUUGACAGUGUGAGAGACAAAAAGCGUUAGUCAUUUCCGCUGUUCUCUCUAUGUGAUGUUGUGAGUUUGUCACAGCUUGUUACCUGCUAUCACCACAGCUGCCUCAUACAGGCCGGGACACAUGGUGGAUUCAGAGGGUGUUUUUUUAUUUUCUGGUACAUGUGCAGCUUUAUGAGGAGGUCUCAGUGUGGAGCCCUUCUGGGCUGAGGAAAUGAUCCAGAUGCAAAGCUUCUGGCUCUUGUAACCCAGUGGGACACUGUCCCUGCUGCUCCUGUACAACUUACUGCAAGAUCCUCCAAGUCUUAACCAUCUCUGUGAGCAACAACUUUUCUCUUCUAUAAAGUGCUUUUGCAUACUGAUUUUUCUACGCAAAAACUCAUGCUGGUAUUUCUGUGCAGCUUGUAUGAUUCUCUUGGCUUUCAGUCUUGCUGUGCUGCUUUGUGUGUCACAGAAACACCAUGUCUGUUGUUGCCUCGGUAACAUUUACAUACACCUAAAUGCAGAGGACUUGUUUCUAGUUUUUCCUUAACUUGAUAGACAGGGAGCCUCUGGAAGACAAACGUGAACAAAUAAAACUUAGGUCAGUUACUCUGAGGAGAAACAACCUGCAUGUUUUACCAAAAGAUGAGAGGAAGUAGACAUCAGUAAAACUGGUGUAAAAUGUGCAUAUUUCUUUAAAAGAAGGCGUCUAUACACUUUCAUGCUAACUUGUUAAUAUUUUAUGCUUUAACUUAAAAAUUUGACCUUUUCUCUUGUUAACCUGUAUGAUUGUACCUGUAGCUGAUUGUACCUGUAAUAUGCUCCGCCAUAUUAGUAACAAUCAAAAUCUCCAUGCUUGUUUCCUGUUAACAGACUAAGCAGCAGUGGUCGGUGGGUUUCAUCAAGAACUUCACAACUCCAUUUGAUUUUAAUUCCUUGGGCCACUAUUUGAUUGAUAUUGAUCAACAGGCUUCAAUAUCAAUGUAGUAAUGUGCAUGGUUAACAGAAACACCCAGAUCUCUUAUUACAAUAUCUCCUAAUACACAUUACACAUUCCUCACUCAACCAUCUCACCUGAGAAGUGACUUUUAUGACCUGAUGACAGCUUCCUUCGUUUCAACGGCUAGUUUUGGCUUUGGAGGGGCGACCUCUGUUGUGUGUUUUGCGUAGGUAUGACGUAGUGUUGUUCAAGACAGGAUCGUCUUUUAUUGAGCUAUUUUGGUGUUUCUUUUUAUUUAUUAUUUCUUAAAUUUCAUUUGUUUUUAGAUUUUAACCUAACCUCUAUAGUGUUUCCUUAUCUUUAAUUUUAAAACGGCGCUUUCUCAGUGCGCACAUUCCUGUUUCUAUGAAAUUGAGCCCUUUUCAAGUGAAUGAAUUUUAAUGUUUCUGUUGUGUUAAGAUCACGGGGCGGGAAUGAGGGGUUGGGUUGGAGUAAAUUCAGGUAUUCUUUGUUUCUUUUAUUCCUCUGCUGCGUAAGACACUUUGUACUACAUGGUUUUGUAUGAACAGUGCUAUACAAACGAAGACUGAUUGAUUGAAGUGUGUUUACCAUCUCACCGACACUGUGGUGUCCUUACCGAUGAAGAUCGCCACUGACUGUAAUCCCUCGCGCAUGUACAGAGCUCGACAGCAGUUUAAAGACAAACAUGUUAUGAAGCUGAAUUUGUUUGUGAUCGGGAAGUUUAGAUUUAGCCAUAGGUUGCUAAACCUCAGUAGGUGUCCUGUCCAUUCAGAUGGUUGCUGGGUAGUUUUUAUUGUUGCAGUAUUUUAGUAGGACCUCACAGAGCUCACACACCUCGUGAAUUUUAUUGACUUCUUCUGUUCAAGUUCAUCAUCCACAUCCGAACAUCAGCUUUAAAUGUUGUAGGCGCUCACUUUACAUUACUACCUGCCAUUGUUGUGACUGUUUUUGUUGUUGAUCUAUAAAAAAACAUUGUUCAGUGAAAAGGGGCUUUGUGCAACGUGAAUCACAGUAGGGCAGAACCCUCAGUGCCUCCGCAGGAGCCGGUGCUUAAUUACAACAGAAAUAAUAGAUUACAGAAGAGUGUGGAUCAAAACUGAAUCUGGAAUAAAUAUAUUGCAGUGCACGGGUAAAUUGGGCCUGUUUCAUAAGCAGUAAAAAUCUCCUCACAGGAGCUUUAAGGUUUUACUAGUUCAAUAGUUUAUCGAGUUAUGAGCGACUCUUUGGUGCCUCUCAAUCUGCAAUAUGACACCUGGGGAAAAUUCCAGGUAGAUUGGAUGCAAAGCCUGCUGGUAUUAGCUUUGUUUGUCAGAUGAAGCAACAGGUUGCUUCCUGUCCUCGUAUGUGUUGUUUAUGAAAGAGUAAAUGGCUGUAUUACUGCAAUGAUUACACACUGCCAUGAAAGAGUUGUGAAAUCCAAAAUACCAGCAGACCUCGGAUAUAAACUGGGCAGCGAUCCUGCCAUCUGCCUCCAUGAAUGAGUGUUUGGACUUGUGCGUAGUAAUGUGACCCACAUGUUUGUGCUCAUAAACAAGGAAGUCGUUGCGUUGUUCCAGCCCAGUAUUUACACUGUUGUUUCCCUUCAUCUGAACGUGGUUGAAACAACAAUUCUGUGCCUCAGAUAAGUCAAAUGAAAAUAUUUUUCUGGGUUUAAUCAAUCAAUUACAGACACUCAGUGGUAGUAUCUGAACCCUGGAGUAGUGGGUAAAUACAGAGGAGAGCUCUGCAGCGUGUGCUCAGUUAGGUAUGCAGUGAAAACCAUUAUCAAUGGGAACCAGACCUAUAGGGCUGAACUUAUGUUAAACAAGCAGGCUGAGAUCAGUGCCCCUCAGCCCACUUGCAUCAACGUUUGUUUUUUAAACUCUUCAAAACCAUGUGAUCGACAGGAACUGCCAAGUCAUCAUGUAGCAAAAUCAAGAUGAACAAAAAGCCAGUCGUCACUGUUUUGGCUUUGCCUUUUGUGUUCAUGAACAAAAGCUUUGGUUUUACUUGUGGUGGAGUCCUAACUCAAAGCCCCUCUUCCUCUGGUUUUCAUUAUAAAAACAAGUUACAUGCGGUCCCAUUGAGCAGAGAACCUGUUUCCAUUUCUUAUAUUUCUUUUGCUUCUAGAUGUUUAUCACAUUGUUACUUGGUAAGCAAACUAUCUCAUACUGUUUUAGCAGACAAAAGCAGCAAGUCGAGGCCGUGUUUAAGGCAGACAAUAUUUUUACUGGUUAUAAAACAAGCAAAGACUGCUCCUACAAAUGCUUAGCCAUUUUGAGGGUACUCAGUAACCUGGAGUAGUUUUUGUUCUGAGUGGGUGGUGAUCCUCUGGUGCUAUCUAUUGUACACGCUGGCUCACAGAUUUGUUAUUUUUUUUUAGAGCACUUGGGGCCUUUUUGCAGUUUUUUAAAAUUAUUGGAUAUUGUGAAAUGUUGGUGUUAAAGACGGUUUAUAAACAGCCAUCUGCUUAGCCAAAGUCUACUUUCAUGAAAUCACCUCAUUGUCCUGUCAGUCUUCCACUUUGAUGUGAGUACAAAUUUUUGGUGUUGUCUUUGCCGUGCGCUUCGAUCGUCAUCCUCGCUCCUCUCUAAGUUUGAGGUUCUGUGAGCUGUAAACUGGGUGAUUCUCAAGCUUUACUGGGUUUUAGGAUUUAACUGGGAUGGAAAUGUUUAUCGGGCGAGUGUUCGACAGCUCGCAGGGCCUGUGGCUGGGUGGGGAUCCGGUGAAGUAACUGGUGAGAACUUACCAGCCCCAGCCCCCUCCUGUGUAUGCGUGUAGUACUGAACUCCUACCUUGCUUUGGAAGGCUGCACUGCUGGUAUCCUUGCUGUGUUUUUGUAACCCUCACUUGCUCACUUGCCUUGCUCUUAAUUGUAUCCCACGGGGGCCCCAAGCUCUCAGUAUUCUCAGCCUUUCCUGUCCCUUGUUCUGAUCCUCCCCCUCUUCCAACCUUAGCCCCAUCAUCCCAAUUCGACAGGUCUUUCCUCUUUAAUCGUCCGACUUCAAAGCGGUGUUGUGAUGCCCCCUAGGCCCCUCCUUCUGCUCCUCAGAGACAGGAGGGGGGCUAGCCUUUGGGGCCUGGGAAGUAGGGUGAAAGUGUGAUGGUGUAUGAGGCGGCUAGUUAAGUUAGACAGACACGGGUUAAAGAAAAUAACUACAAGUAGUCCGGCUGCUGUUCUUCAUCAACGUGUCACCGCAGAGAAGUUGGUGUUGUGUAAUCGUAGAGGCAGGUUGCAGAUGUUUAAGAGGGUCCGCGUGAGUCACUUUUCAUCGUUCUUUGAUGGGGGCGUCUUUGUUGAGGUGAAAGAUAGGGGCAGUGCAAAGAGAAGAGGCCUGGCUAAUGUCUGCCGCUGACUUACCCAAGAGGUGGACACAGAGUCAGCUUUCAUCAGGAUCAAAACAGCACUUUAUGAACACAUUUCUCUGAGCUGCUUUCGUACUGGGGUACCCAUUUAGCUCCAGAGAAUUAACUCUGAGAAAAAAGAAAGCUGCGAAAUGAGUUUGAUCUGCAUGUUUUGGCUGUGAUAAGUGUGCUCUUCACACGAGUGUUGCAAUCCUGCCUGGUGUGUAACCUUCUGUAGUGCUGAGAACAAAGGAAAGAGUGGGUUAGCUGCAGGCUAAGAGGAUAGACUGAGUGAUUAAUUGAGCAAUGCCCCCUGAUCAGAGCCGGGAUUGUUUCUCCAUCACAGGGGUUUAUCUUUAUCUCUCCUGUUUGACUCACACUGUUACACCAAUAAAUCCAGAUGGGCUCAGACUAUAACUCAUAAGCAGAAAGUGGCUGCUCAGGAGAUAUAUUGCUACCGGUAAUUACCCUCAUCCUCAUUUUUUAAUAUUACAGCAAGAUGUAUAUUGACUCUGUCAGAACGCACUUGGAGUUCACUCAGGAGAGCAGACACCUGGAGCUGCAGGUUUUCUUGUAAUUCAGCAUGUUUGUUUCAGGAGCGUAAAACGGCCCCACAGGUCGUUAUCUAUAAAUUUGGAGUUGCCUGUCUACGGCUCAGAGGUUUUCCUUUGUCAACACUGGUGAGAAAUUGAGGUCAAACCCAGCUGCGAGGUGAAGAUGGAAGAAUUGUCACUUCCUCCUUUGUUUUUUUCCCGUCCCAAGAGGAAGUGUCACGGAUCAAAUUCCGGCUGUUCCCUGACAUCUGACACUGCCCGCCUGAUUGGCAGGAAGAGGUGACUUGAGGAGAUGAAAAAAAACCAAAACGAGUCCCAAGCCUAUAGCGCUUUAGGUAGAGACUGCUGUAUGUACUUAAUAGAAGGUUUUUUCAUUCAUGCAUCUGAAAAAAAGUAGUAUUGUCUAAUAUUGGAUGGUGCUACUUCUCUGAGAGGCAAGUGUGCUCCUUGUGGCUCAGGCCAGCUGUUGCUCACUGUUAGGUACCAGACAGACGAAAAUGGAAUUACAUGGUGAACAAAGUUGCACAAAUGUGGAAUUAAUUUAUCAGAAAUUGAGGAAGAGUUAUGAUGCCUAAUUUUAAAAAGUAAUAGUUAUCAAAGCAGCAGCAUGUUCUUCCUUGGGCUGCGUCACCCCGCUGCGGUAAUGGACUCGCCCGGAGGUCUCCGUGCAAACAAGCGGCAGCUGGAAGAGAGUAGGUGAGUUGUGUUUAGUCUCUUUGCUAAAGAAAUUAGGCAAAGUUAAAAAGAUGUUUGGUGGCUAGUGCUGUGGAUGUCCUGUUGAUGAAGUUAGCUGCUGUUCUGAGCAUUAUUUGUGACUAUAGAGUGGCUUUUUGUGUAUUGCUAUCGUGCGGUUGUUGCUUAAGUUGAUAUAACUAGAGAAGCAAGUGGUCGGUAACAUUCAUCUCUCGAGGGGGUGUCUAACUCGGUGUUACGGUGUGUCUUACCCUAACUUUAUUUUAUGCCGAAAUAUCCCUUUAGAUGUUGUCUUGGUGGACAUAACAUUUGGUCUUUAGUCUUUUUCUUAAAAUUAGUCAUGAAAGGUUUUUUUUUUUUCUCACAAUCAGGGAUUUCCUAGCUAAUAUGGUAGUUUAUGAAUUGUGCUGGCAGAUAUUUUGUGUAUGGUUGUUGAAAGGGUUACUCUCAAAACAUGGUAAAAGUUUCAAUGGAAGGGUUCAAGUACAAGAAAAGAAGAUUCCUGCCAAUAACACCAGUCAGCCAAGUCAUUCCUCAUUCAGAAAGAAAUGUGUGCAGUAGAAAAACAAACAUUAACAGAAAACUUGAAAAAUGUCCAGGUUUCUCACCACUGCAGAAGAAGCAUUCAGGGCCCAAAAUAUUGGAUCCAACCCAAAGCAGCAGUGGGAAAAUUUAUAAAACUUCACUAGUGAAUAAAUCAUUUUGUUUAAGAGAGAGAGAGACCCUAGAGAAACCAAAACAGUUUAACUCUGAAACCCCUGAGAAUAAUUACACCAAAUAUCCAAACUGAUACUUUCAGAAAAAAGCUAAACAAAGAGAGAGCACCAACACUGCAGCAGCAGGAAGUCCUAAUUUUACUCCCUGAACAAUAUAAACAAAACAAUUUGCAGCCAACUGGGCGCCAGAAAGAAUAAUUUUCAAGCAAUUUAGAAUCUGUGAAUCAUAUUCCAAAAAGUGAUUAUCAUUUAAAAGCAUGAAUUUCUCUCAUAUCACACUUACUUCCUAAAACCCCCCACUGUGUUUUUAAUGCACUAUGUGAUCUGGGCUGAUACAGUUCAAAACAAUCCAGAUCAAUUUGUUGGAACCACUGAGAAAGAUUCAAGACUAAUGGCAGACAGAGUAUAAUUAAGACUCAGUCUGACUGGGGUCCAUAGAGUAAGGCCUUAAAGUCAAGUUAGACUCCUGUUUCACACGCUGGUUACUGUGUGGUGAAUAUUAAACGACAUGUAGAAGUACAAGAAAACCAACAAGGGGCACUCUAAUAAAAUCAGAGGAGUCAUUUCUUCUUUUUCAUUCUUUCACUUUCCUCGGACGCCUCGUGAUUUGCCGCUGAGCUGCUGGCGAUAACUACAUCACAUACUGUAUGUAGAAGCAUGUAAUUCAUAAUGUGCUACUGUCUUGCACACAGGAUAGAUGUUGGUGAUGCAAUGAUAUUGUCAGAGCCUGAAAUAUCAGCCUAGCUUAAUCAAUUACUGGCUGCCUUGAUGUUUAAAUUGCCCGCAGUGCUCGUGGGCUUAAAUGUCAGUGACUAGCUGGUGAGAGAGAUUUAUUUAACAGCAAAGCCAUUGAGCAGAUGUAGAUGAAACCUUUCUUCUGGUGCCGAGUUGUCCCACGCUUUGUCGGACCCUCAGUGGCCUGGCCUUUAGAGUCCCCCCUCGAGGUUUCAUCCUAUUGUUGUGCUUUCUCAGCCUUCUGCGCCGAUCUCUCUUCUCAACGCCCCCCCCCCUCCCAUAACCGAUUCAGUGAGUUUCUUGCUAUCCGAUUGGUGCUCCACUUUCCUGUAAAUAGGUUUCCAUGGGAACCAAAAAUAAUGCAGACCCUCAACACUGUUGCUUUCCAACAGCUAAUAGCUCUCUAAACAGGGGUCCAGGAGAGGCUACCUCUGCAACAGGCUCCAGGGUAAAAUAUGGACACUCUGGUUCUCAGCACCACAUUACAAACAUGAGGAUAAAGAUUAUAAACUCAUGUGCUGCUGUCAACACAAACCAAAACAAUAUGGAUAAAAGUGUUGUUCUGCUCGGGGAUAGGUUUUCUUAGACAUAUGUUCAAUAUUUUGUACUUGACUCCUUCUAAUAAAUCUCUGUUCUUUGGCUCUCCGUGCAUGCACGGCCACUGUGGAGAUGUUAUUGAUCUCCCGAGCAUGUGCUUUAUACAGUGUGAAGUCAAGGCUCUGUGAUAAGGGAGUGUAUCAUUCCAGUGCAUCUCCUCUCUUCACCGAUUUGUCCUGUCCUCACUCAGGCUCUGAUUGCCUUUGCUCGAUGUAAUCAGAGUCUUUCUCUAUUCUGUAUGGGGGAGGUUGUGUUGCCGCUGCCACUGUCAGUUGGAUUCUGCUUCCUGGUGAAUCUGAUGUCUGCUGGCAAUAUGGUGUGUCGGCAGGAAGAUGUAGCUGGCUCAAUCAGCCAGAAAUACUCCUGGGAUAUUCUCCAUCCUCAGCCCCUGUCAGAGUGGGAAAAAAAAAAAACCUGCCUGUAUUUCACCAUCUAAUGUGGCAAGAACUCGCUGCAUGCUGUUCAUGCCUCCGUAGGCAGCUCUCCACCAUAUUUGAUGCUGCAUAGUUGUCACUGCCAGAGCUUUGAAACCAGCUCCAAAGUAUUGUCAGUCGAAUCCGUGCAGCCGACUAUUUUUGCACAUCGGGCCAGGAAUACGAGGAAUACGAGCGGCUUAAUUGGCUCUCAUUGCUGCAUCGUUAUAUUCGGCUGAAAGACACUUGUGGCAAAGCACUUUAGAAACAGGGAAAAGUUUAAAGUGUUUUUAUGGUCAUUAGCCACACUUGGUUGGAGACGUAUCGCACGUUGAUGGUUAAAGCCAGCGCUGUCUGGUGAGUGAGCAAGGUAUUCUUAUUCGAGUGAAUAAUGCAUGAGUUCAGACACUCAUCAAGGUCACAUCAGAAGCUGUAUGAGGAGACUGUAGUCUGUUGGAUCUUCCAAUAAAGGAUAAUUAACCAAGUGAGAGCAUAGACGAGUUCUGAUACCUCAAGGCAGACAUUAAAAUUUUACCUGCUCAAAAUGCAGGCCUGGACUGCUACUAUGAAGACUGUACAUUUUUUUUACACUUUCCAUGUUAAUUUUGCCUUCAGGCUGAGAGGGGAAAUAUUCUCACAGAUAAAACCCUCUUGCAGUCUUAAAUUAGCUCACAGCUUGAAGCGAGCGCUUCAUACAUAAUAAAUGCAAACUCUGUCAUUUUAAGUGUCCUAGAAUUUUUAUUUUCAGUGUUUUCCAAAGCUCUGUCUUUUUCUGCUCCAAUGACUUAUGCAUACCAAGACAAAUGUGCCACUUUUGUGCCUCCUCACCGGUACUUCACUGUUUAUUCAUCUCAUUAGCUCCAUCCUAACCUCUGCUUCUCUGCCUGUGCUUGUGUCCAACAGCCCAUGAAAAAAGGAGAGGAGAGAAAAGCGAGAGAAGUCAUCAGCUUCACCUGAACAAAGAGGCACAAGCGGAUACUCAUGGUAUGGAAACAUUUUAUCUAUUAAUAAAGCAUACAUGAUGGCAGUGAGGAAAGCCUGUGAUUUUCAUCUUCAUUGCUUAUCCCUGUGUGAAACACAUUUCUUCACUCUGGUUUCCCACAGCUUUUGUAAUUUCUGGCUUCUGCAAUGACUGAUUUCCACCAGAUCCAGCAGUGCUUCCACUCCAGCAGAAACAUGUUAAAUCAGCGAAAUAAACAGCAGAAAGCCUUUGUUGACAGACUCUUUUCAGUGAGAUGCUGACAGCACAGGCGCAAAGCCAUUGUUGCCAUUAACAGGAGGAGCACUGCUGGCGAGAGCCAGAGCGUGAAGCGGGUCCUGCAAACAGGCAGACAAGUGCUUUUGUCCCUCAAGCAUCACAGCAGGCCAGCACCGCUCUUUGUUAUCCUCUGAUUUGCAUUGGCAUUUGUAACAUUAGUAUUCCAGGCACGGCUGAGCAGUAGACAUGUAUAGAUUGAGAGGUUAAAGGGGAGUUUGGACCCAGACACAUCAGCUUUAAUUAGUCAUAGCAUAUAAGCAUAAAGACUACAAAAACAGACAAGUGAAGUUAGUGUCAAGUGAAAUCCUUGGGACAUUUUUAAUAGGUUUAAACACAAGCUCAAAGCUUCCCCCCUGUGCUAAUCAUGAGACAGACUGAACUUGGAAAUGAUUAAAAAACACGACCAUUGGUGACAAGAUUCACUGUUAUCAUAAAAGUUAUAUUUAAUCCCUGAAAUCAGUGCUGUGGGAUAGGUGACUUACAGUACAAUGCAUAAGCAGACUUUUUUACUGUUUACUCAUGGCAAAGAUGAACAUUCUCAAUUAAUGAAUCAAUUGACUUUCAAAAUAAAUCAUGAUGAGUCUUUUUGUUAAAAAACAAAUCUAUACAUGUAGAGCUGAGUUGUGGCCCCACGCACAGAGACGGUUGUCCUUUAAGCACUGACUCAGCUCUGCCCCCAAAUCAACACCAACCAAAAGUUUUUCUCUGAAGCUUUUUAGAAUAAAAUCUGGUUUGUUACAAUUUAAAGGGAUAUUCUGGCGAAAGUUUAAAGUCAUGGUCAAAACACCGUAACACCGAGUGAGACACUCCCUCAAGAGAUGAGUUUUGCUGACCGCUAGUUACUCCAUCUUGACUGCACGAUAGCAAUGUGUCAAGUUAAGCUUUCUAAGUUUGAUGCAUAAUAUUGGAAAUGUAAAACUUAAAAGUGUUAAAAAACAGAAUUAUUUAGAUAGCCAUACCAAUUUAUGACAUGGAGAAGAAACUAAUUAUGAGGAAGAUACUAUUUUCAAGUAAGCCCAACAUUUUAGCUAAAAACAAUGCUUCAAAUAGGUCACUAUGCUCCAACGAGCAGUACUGCCACUUCUAAAUGUGUCCCUUUGAAAUGAGACUCAACUGCAGCUCUGAUGACUGAUAACAUACAUGUUGCCGUGUUGUACCAGAAAGCAACUGCUCCUGGGUUUUAAUCAGAAAAUCAACCUUCCCAUGUUUGUCGACAACAGAUUAGAAAACAGUGUCAUCAAAAAGUGAUGGAUGUUUUGAUUUCAAUCGUGACCACCAGGUAAACUCUAUCUACAAUAAAGAAACCCAGUUUGUCCUGUCAGAGGGUUAUUUUUUUUUCAGAUUUGGAGGAAAUUUAGUUCAGAUGAAACAAAAACAUUCAUUCAGUUUUCUCCUAAAUCCUUCAUACAAUCCAAGUCUUCUUGUCUCACAGUUGAAUUAAUAAUCACAACAGUUCAAGGUGUUUCCACUGCAGGGAAAAACAAGCCGAGAUAAAAGACUACACUGCAACACAUUAGCACACUUCUGGUUUAUUUCUAUGCUGGUAUCGGCAGUGUACGUGGUUUCUCUUUCAUGUGAGGCUCCCACAGAAACACAAACAUUCACACGUUCUAUCCUCAAGGCUUGUUUUAAUCUUUGCAUCAUGCUGGAGUCCCUCGUCUGAAAACACAAAUUGGGUUACGAUGUUCUUUUUGCUGCUUGGCUUUUUUCUUUAGGUGAACCUUAUCUGAGUGUAUACUGGGUUUAGAUGUGAGUGUACUAUAAAGUAAAUGAUAAAGCAGCUCCUGGGCUCUGGUUAGAGGGAGACUGGCUUUAUUCUAUCUGACAUUUGCCCUUGAAACAUUGUGUGAGUGAUCGUUCAUUAGACAAAUGGCAGGCUGAGCUGUGCCCCCGUCGUAAAGUGCUCGGCUUUGCUCCCUUUUGUUUUCUAACAGGAACUAGUGCUGAGUGGAGAUGCUAAACACUGCUCUGCAGACAAAGGCCACUCUCACCCCAUAUCCGGGUUACCUUGGAAACUAGGAACCUUAUCAAGUGGUUGGAAAAAUUCCAGCAUGUGCUAAAAAAAACACAAAACUUUAUAUUUGAACCAAAUGGAGGUCGAAACUCUGAUCAUUUAUAACAUGAUAGUGUUUUUUGUGUGUUCUUCGGCAGGUUUUAGUGAUAUAUUUACUUACAUUGUCUGUAUUUUGUGCUGCUGUACAUAUUUACACCCCCAAAGUGUCCUUUUGUGUUUAAUCCCCUGAGGUUAAAGUGUUGUCUUUCCUCAAAUCUCCCAUUGUUUACUUCUGCAGAAGCCAUCUGUGAUGGGAACUCUCUUUAUGUUGAGAUCUGGCAGAGACAACAACAAGCUCAGUUGAGUUAGAAAAAAAAAAUUGAGAACAUGGCCAGCCAAUCAAUUAUCUCGCCUGAGGGUCAUAUGCUGGAUGUUGAAGAGACAGUGAGAUAAUUGUUUGUGUUUUUCAAAAAACUUUUUAUCAGAAAAGAAAUAUGUAGACUAUUUUUCUUGUUACUCUGACAUAACUGGAGAAUUUUGGCUGCUACUGUGGGGGAAAAACCCACUGGAGACAGAAGAAGGCAGGACAGUAAAUGUAACAGUAGGAUUUCAGAGAAAUAAUUCCCCCUGUUGUCACCACAGUAACUACUGAGCACUUAGUUUUGAAUUGAGUUAUAACUCAUUUUUGUGGAAAGCCCCAAAGGCAGUGUGUCAUCCUCCAAAGCUACCCGUGGGAAAAGUCAAAGUCUUAACGGGUGGCGGCACAGAAGUGUUUAUGUGCUCAUUGUGUGCUGCUACCACAUGUCCUCGCCGCCAGACAAGCGGCGGCCUGAGAGCUGGAACUCCGAGCAAUCAAUGCAUCAUUGAGCAUGUGUGCCUGGGCUGGGGUAUUGAUCCAGCCCUGCAAAGCCAGUUUGUAUCUGCACUCAGGCAGAUAGAGGUGCCGACACAAUUAAGUGAGAAUCUGUGUUUUGAGAAAGCAUGGAUCACACACACACACACACACACUCUCACUGUGUUCGAUAGGAGCCCAUAUGAGCACAUCUCAAUCACAUGUCCUCUAUCAGUGCACUGCCCCCUUCAAAUCCAUCUCAUCUAAAGGAGCCGGGGGAUCGAUAUCACUGUAGGAGUAUGGGACGCAAAUGUUAGUCCUGACCGAACAGCUGGAUGCGUGCCCAGUCAGGAUGCCAGGAAUGUGGCCUGCAGUGCUGUUUGACAACACAUGGCCGCUCUGUUCCUGACUGAGCAUUUGUUCACUCUGGGAGUCGUCUCUAGUUAAUCAGCCUGUUGUUCAGGAGUGUGUCAGCUGCCCGGUCAGAGGACUUCUGCCCUCGGGGGAUUCACACAAACUCAUUUCCAAACUGAAUGGGGACAGAAGAGCGCCACUCACAGGUUCAGAUAAGAACUGCUCGGGAUUCACAGCACGUAUGUGAACAAUGGGCUGAAAUGAUAAAUGGCUUUGCAAAGCAGAGUGAAUUCAUCCGAGACUGCCCACUUUUUUAUUGUUUGUUUUGUGGUGAACUAGCAGUACCCAUAAUGCUGAUAAUGUUCACCACUGCUGUAUAUGUUCUGCAAACAGGAAAAAAAGGUCAUUAAAUCAAGUCUGCUGGGGAGAUGCAUAUUUCAACCUCAUGACUCUAACCAACAUUAGGACCUUAGCUUCGAGCCGAAACAGUUCCUCCAACUUCCUAACCCAGCUGAGUUUGUGCGCUCCACUCUCUGUGUGAGCUACACCCACACACACCCUGUGUUGCUGCGCUGCCUUUGAGCUACAUUCAUACACUUUCUCUCUGUGGUUGUUCCCUGUUGUCUGCAAGCUGUAUGCCAUCUAAAGCAGCAUACAGUGUGCUAGCUGCUUAGCAUUCAGCACACUUCAAAGCGCCUCAGUGUGACAGCACAGCCCAGGGCUCAUUCUCUCCUAAUUGGAGGUUCAUUAAGGGACAUGGUGCGCCUCAGGGGAGCCCUGCUCACUGCCAGAGAAGCCUGUCUUUAGUCGGAUUUUGGGGUGUUUACUUGCUGCGGCUGAUUUAGGAAGUCAUGGAGAAAUAUGAAAAUGGGGUUUUAAUUGAGAUAAAACUUGAUGUGGCAUGCAUGCGGCCGCUCAGUGUCAUUGUCGAAUGGUAUUAGCGCACUCUGGAGAGUGCUUUCGAGUGACAUCCAGUAGACAGAAAGCACACCUGCUCCCAUCACAUUAGGAGCCAGCGGACAAAAUGUGCUGUCCUCAGGGGUUCAACUACAAGUGAUCAUUUAGAGGGUCAAUGACAUUUAAAGGGGUCAAGUUCCAGCCCUUAGAAUCUCAACAGGGUUUUGCUGUUAAUGAUUAUUUGUUAUGCAGGCUCAUGCCCAGGAUGAAAUGAAUGGGCUGGUUAUUGGAGGCAGGGGUUGGAUGGCGACAGUUUAGUGAGGAGCAGACACAGUGUCCUUGUCUUGCUGAUCCAUUCGUCCGGGGCGGUGGCCAGUGGAGCGAGGGAAUAUGGACUCACUUCAUUAAUCGUGCUGAAAGUGUCAACUUCAAGGAGAACUACCCAAGGGUGUGCUAUUUAUAUAUAGAUGGAGGACUGCAAAUGUGGGGCUACAUCUUCCUUAUCUUUUAAUUAUAGUGAGUUGACAUGACCAUCGUGGUUGAUUGUGUGGAUGCCGGGCAGGGAAGUGGAGGAGAAAACCUUCUGGUCUUCUGAGCGAGGCAUGAAAAAAGAUGCCAUUCCAGAAUUCCCCUCUCUCAUACUGAGAAGAAUUUAGGUCAGAUGGUUUUGCCCUCAUUACCCAGCUCUGGCUUCUGCCGGAGCGAUGAAGCUGAUGUAGGAUCAGUUCUCAUUAAACCACAAUCAAACUCAACCGUGCCAGACUCUACAAACCCAAGCUGGCUGUGGAUCAGUCUUCGCCAGGAGUAAACAACGGCGUCUUAGUGCUGUUUGGCAUUUCAGCACGUCAGAAACAGGAGGUGCAGCUGACAGCAGACGGAGUUGGCAUUUGUAUGAUACCUCAGGGCAAAGGCUGACACUUUGGUUUGUCAGAUCGAGGAUGUCCAGACAGUUUAUCAAGCUAAUAAACACAUUGUCUUCAUUUCCAGCAGUGCAGUAUUCCUCUCCGCUCUGUGUGUGUGUGUCAUGUUUGUUUAUAAGAGGUUGGUUUUUGCCUGUGAACACAAACAAAAGCCACAUUAUCUUGACAUGUUGCUUGCCCUCGCAAAGCGGUGCACCUGAGGAAGAUCUGCUUUUAAUCUCAGAGUAAUUUGUCCGUGUUUUUUCAAGGCCGCAGCUCCCGGAGUGUGAACCACGUUCCCCUUGUCCACAUAAUGUUCUCCGCAGAAUACUCACUGAGAAUUAGCGGUCUGAUAUCUGCGGCCGGGCCGUGAUCGAUGAGGACCUGCGCUCCCGUGGGAGACAUGGGAAAGACCAGUUUGUUUACUCUGCACUUUCUCCAGGGUCUCAGUGGCAGUUUGAUUUAUACUACGCUGCUUUGCGCCUCAGCGUUUUUUUUUUCUUUUUUAUUGGAAAGCCUGGCUAGUAGUCCAUUUCAUUCUUAAGCAGCCCAUGCAUUUUAAUGCAGAAGAAGAAAAUUGGCUCCAGAUCUGACAGUCGGUUCGACCCUGGGAUGGGAGCGAAGAGCAAAAGAGUGAAGCUGGAAGAGAAAUCAGACGUUUUGUUUGGAGAAUGAGAUGUGAGCUCAGCCCUGAGAGUUUUUCCAGCUGACCCCUUUCCUCCCUCCUUCCUCCCUCCUCCUCUGUUCCACCUCUUCAUCCUUUGCUCCAGUAAAUACAGUUUGCACUCUUCACAGGGACCCCGGCCUGACUGUGGGGAGCAAGAGGGAUGAGAAAGAGUCUUUUCUGAUGCUUUUCUGUUGGACUAUAAUGUAUGCAAAUCUCAAUUAAGACCUCCUGUGCCCUCAUUAUAGGGCUUAGGAAAGGGACGGGUUAAUUAAAAUCCCUUUCAGGCGAAGAGGAUGCCGGUUUCUCUCAGAGUACCACCAGGAGGGUGAUCAAUACCUAAGCAUAUCAUUAUGAUUUAGAGGAGGUGUUUAACUAUAGCUCUAAAUCAAUUUCCCUGUGUCUCGGGAAGGGAGGAGGCUAAAAAAUAAUAAGCCCACAGGGUGGUAAAGGGAAGGAACUGUUCUUAUAUUCUAUGUCAACUCGCUCCCACAGCAGACAAAGACUGCCUUCACAUCUUUAGCAUUGUUCCAGUUUAUUGUCGCAGCAGAUUACACAAGCCUGCGAUGGAAAUAAAUAAACUUUCUCUGGAGCUCACAGCACAUUGAAAAUAAACACAAAACAAUAAAAAAGAAAAAUAGACUCCAAAGAUCUGGGUUUGACCUUCUUUUUCACACAGUUGUCAUACUCAUGUGAAAAAUUGUUUUACAAUCAUUGGAGAAGCGCUAGUUUGAGACAGUUGUGAGUCUUAUCUCGUGGGAGUAUAAAUGAGUUUCUUAAAGGGUGAAAGGGUCGGUACUGAAUUACAUUUGAGUGACAGCAGAAGCCCUUCACCCUUUCUAAGACGAGCAGGAAUCAAAGCUGGCAUGAUCGAUCAUAGCCGAGCUUGUCUGCGGCCUCAGAGCAGCGGAGAGCUGUCUGACAGCACAACAGGCACGGGAAAGACUGCCUGGAGAUUAGGAGAUUACAUCUGAUGGACGUGCUGCGGAGCGCAGGCUAAAGGAGUGAAAAGGCGGCAUUUUAACUUCUUUGUCUCCGGUUCAGAAGUGCCAGUGUGUUGCUGCUGAGAUGUGUAAAUCUUUUUUCCAAACUCCUCAGAAGAAUGGUUUUUAAAUCCGCCUGUUACCCAGCCUCAAUCCUGGCUAUCACUACGGGAGAGCAAAUUAAUAAUGACUACUACAAAGCAGAGAGUGCCGGGUCGUUUCUGCCAAAUAAUUAAUUUUCCCUUUCGACUGAGACUGCAAUUAUAGCCGCUCCACAGAUUGUUUCCACUUCAGUUUUUUAUAGAAUACGUGGAAAAUGAUUCCCCCGUCGAUUCCUUUUCUCCCUGAGGGGAAAGUCUGCUUCAUUUGCAGCUUGGUAGGUUAGACAAAUGCUUUAAUAGAGGCUCUGCGGUGCAUCAGAUUUGCACAGGUAUAAAGGGUCACGGACACUGAGACAGCCAUGUUGUCCCCUAAUGCAGGGCAGGCUUUCUUCAUUAACCAGAAGUGCCUCCACUCAUCAGGGAAAGUGUGUUGAUGUCAGGCAGAGGGCUCCUGCCUCUCAUUACAUUAGGAAGAAGAAAACGGCGUAGGCCAUACGUUGUUGGUUAAUGCACACUGGCCCCCCAGCUGUAUCCUUAAAAUACUCUGAGGGAGACAGGCCCUGAGGUCACACACGCCCAGGGGACUCCAUCUGUCCAGAGACGUGGAAGUGCUGACUGGAAGUCAGGCCAUCUGACUAGGAAAGCACAUUUUCAAUUACAUAAGUUGUCACAGUGUGCAGUGAGAUGUGUUGUGUCAGGUUGGGCUGACACAAUGAAGCCCCUACUUGUAGUUACUUAAGCAAUGCUGAGAAUCUAUGGUGGGUACAGUGCGCCUGAAGGGAUAAUUCAGGGAUUUUUAGCUGAAACUGGUCCAAAUGAACUGACAGGCCCAUGUGUGAAUGUGUGUGUGCCGAAUGUUUGAGUGGCAGAACUCAUUAAAACUGUUUCGCAGAGUAUUAUUUUCUUGGCAGCCUUAUCUAAAUGCUUAUCCAAAGUGCAGGAGAAUGGGAAUUCUGUGAACAUUUGGCAGGAUUCAUCAAGUGGCGUGUUUAAUGUUGGUUUUUUUUUUGUUGUUUUUCUUUCAGGGGCAGGGAGAGGCUUCAGCACGGGGGACAACCAUGGAGGGGGACUGUCUCAGCUGCAUCAAGUACCUCAUGUUUGUCUUCAAUUUCCUCAUCUUUGUAAGUAUAGCUCAUCUCUCUCUCUCUUGAAGACGUUCACUCGAGCUAUCUCUGGUGAUCCUGUCAAUCUAAUGAUGUGAGAUGGGCUCCUGACCGGCCCCUGCUCCACUCUCUAAUGGAGCCACAUUUGCAUUUCAUUACACAGAGGCAAUCUUGAUUCUAUCAAAUUCUCUUUUGAUUAGAUUUCAGCGCGCCGAUACACAUCUGAGCCACACUGUGCCAUGCAGACUUAAGUGACUGGCACCUGAGUUUAUCAGUCCUGAUCAGACAAUCAAGAGUAAUCCUGUUAGUGUGAGUCUGUGAAAGACGAGGGGGAGGGGACUGAGUAAGAUGGUUAGUCUCUUUUCCUGCUUUAUUAAGCACAACCAAACCGUUUAGAGACUCUGCUCAGACUUGGCUGUUCAAGGCCGGGGUAAUAAUGCAAUCAGCAGAGCAAAGAAUGAACUCGGCUGUUAACAUCACUCAAUAACAUCCACUGUUUGACUCUGCUAGCCUUUUGUUUCCCCUCUAUGGCCAUUUCACACCCACUGGACUUUACACCAUCCAUUUAUACUAUACACCUUCAAGGCCAUCCAUAACCUUGCCCCCCCUUACCUCUCCGAUCUCCUCCACAUCGCCACCCCCUCACGCUCCCUCAGAUCCUCCUCCUCCCUCCACCUUUCUGUCCCCUCUGCCCGACUCAGCACCAUGGGGAGCAGGGCUUUCAGUCGCUCUGCUCCCAAACUCUGGAACUCUCUCCCCCCGGAUCUCAGAAACAUGGACUCACUACCCCACUUCAAAUCAAAACUCAAAACACAUCUGUUCCAAACUGCAUACUCCCUUUAACUGUCCAUUUCCAUACAUGUAUAUUGUUUUUAUUUAUUUUAAAAGUGUUUUAACUGUGUUCUUAAUGCCUGUACAGUGUCCUUGGGUGUCCAGAAAGGCGCUUUUAAAUAAAAUGUAUUAUUAUUAUUAUUAUUUAGCAGCAGAACCAGCUUUCAAAAUGGCUACCAUAACGUCUACCUCUGGGGUGAAGAGGUGUUCAGUCAAAGGAGCCCGAGUCUCUCCUCCCUUACAAGAAGAAAGGGAUUGUGGGAGAUGUGUUCAAGGCUCAGAUCUCCCCCUUCCCACACACUUCAGUACCUACUUUUCUUAAUCACAUGAGUCGCCUCACGGUGGCUGCCGAUGAGGUUUUAUCAGAGGGAGGAUGGGAGUGAUGGAGCCUCCAUGUCUUCAGUAGGUUGUGGGUUUUCUAAAGCAGGGUGGAUAUCUUCACUCACCCCCCACUGAGGCGGAGAGCUCUGUAGAUCUCUAACCUUUUAUCUACCCUCCACUGUUGCCACAAGCUUUCAGAGAUUUUCAUUACCAGCAUGUUUCCUGACAAAAUGGCCCAGUUUUAUUUUCCAUUAUAUGACAGCUUGUUGAAUGUUUUGAAUGUCACCGGGGAUAUGAAACUCUCCACUGAGUUCCUAUUAAUUUUUUAAAAUGCAGCCAAUUUCUGUUUUGUCUAACCCAGCUUCUUCUCUCAUCUCUCUCCAUCAGCUGGGGGGCUCUUUCCUCCUGGGAGUGGGAGUGUGGGUCCUGGUGGACCCCACAGGCUUCAGGGAAAUAGUAGCGGCGAACCCCCUGCUGUUCACAGGGGUCUACAUCAUCCUGGGUAUGGGAGGCAUGCUCUUCCUCCUGGGUUUCCUGGGCUGCUGCGGAGCCAUCCGCGAAAACAAGUGUCUGCUCCUCUUUGUGAGUCGGCUGACAAAUUCAACAUGUAGUUCUGCUUCUGAUCUUGUUUGUGAGCAUGUUUGCGGAUUAUUCUGUCUGUUAGUUUUUGGACUGUCAGGCCUGGAACUGAAAGCCAAAAGAGGAAAAUUCCCCGCUAUUUGCCAUCAUGUCUUAUGCAUUAUUAAUGCUGAGUGGAGCAGGCAUAGCUAGAAUGUGAUUUUUAAGUGACUGACACACAUUUUUCUGACACUCAACCACCUUUCUCCACUUUCUCUAUUUGUUUCUUUUGUCUCCCUGCAGUUCUUCAUGCUGAUCCUCCUCAUCUUCUUAGCAGAGCUGGCUGCUGCCAUCCUGGCCUUCAUAUUCCGGGAGCAUGUAAGUCUCUACGGUGUUUUCUUCACCUUUGAUCACCUGUUUCCAUCAGCAGUGUUGUGUCGUUGGCGAACGAUUAGUUCAAAAGAACUGAAUCUUUUAAGUGAACGUACUGAAUCGAAUCACUUCCUCAAGUGAUUUGUUCGUUUCUCACUUCAGUUGAACUAAAAGCAGUGCAGCUGCCAAAGCACGUAGCAUUGCCCGGCAACCAGCCAGCAAGCGAGGGACCGCACGCUUCGCUGCCUGAAUCACUUGGUGAACGAAUCAUGCAGUGCACUACACUCUCUGGAAUCAUUUUUUUCUGAAGGAUACACUUUCAUGGCAACUGUUGUUCUCCGUUGUUUUGAUAGCAGUAAUGAGAAGAGAGUGAGACUCACCAGCUGUAGCGAGCUCUUGACAGGAGCGAUGGAGGGAGAUAGUGAUGUGUUGUGUUCAAGUGUACUUGGACAAGCUAACUUUUUUUUUAACUGCUAAAUUUCCACCACAGCAACUUGCACACAGUAGGACACAGCAUGUAACAAGUAGUGUAUAAAACCCGCAGUUUGAGAAAUGUGUGACUGUCUGAUCCUUUUAUUGCGGCGAUUUGCGAGGGAAUGGUCGGUGUGAAUUCUUCUGUGAUUGUACUGUGGGGUAAACAUUCAGUGAGCGAAUCACUCACUGAGCCCAGUUCACUGAGUAGACCAGAUAAAUAGCAUACCAUUGGACAGUACACUUAAAACAUCAUGAUUUAUCAACAAGUUCAUUUUUACAAACCUGUUUGUCAAACCAACACAUUCUUGUCUUCCAGUCCCAGAAUCUAUGAUCUGAUCUGAACUGAACCCUGAACUGUUCAGCUGUGUAUCAGUUCAGGAAGUUGGAGUCACAGACUCCUCCCACCAAGCGCAGAUUGAUUUGGUGAUUUAAUGAACGAAUCUUUUGAACGAAUCUUUUUAGUGAACUGAUUCUAUUGAUUCAGUACAUCUAAAAAAACUGCCGUUCCCAUCUCUAUCCAACAGUGCUUACAGUCGAGAUGUAACAGACACGUCAGUAUUUAUGUAUCAAAAGCUGCCAUUUUUAGUCUUCCCAAAUUAUCCUCCUCUUUGUUGCCUUUUUUUUCACAAGAUUGUUAUUGAUCGAAACAACAUUUUUCCAGUACAACUCAUUUUUAAAGGAGCUCUCUGUUCUUGUGCUUCAACAUCAUUUAAAGAGCUCCGCUUUGAUCCAGAACUGCUCUCCAACUGUACUCAAACUCUUUGUGAACUGUUCUCCUGCGUGCUAUUUUUACAGCUGACCAGAGAGUACUUCACCAAGGAGCUGAAGAGACGCUACCAGGGCUACAACAACACUGAUGUCUUCACCUCCACAUGGAAUGCCAUCAUGACUACAGUAAGGCCACAGCCGUCAUAGCAAAGAGCUCACACACACUGCAGCUUUUACCAGCUCAAUGCGUCUAGCAGCAGUCUGCAGAGUCAGGGGGGUUUCAGGCGUCAGAGGGCUAUAUUUUAUAGAUACAAUCCAAGACAUUUAGGUCAAUAUUCAUGCUGGUUUGGUUGGACCACAGGCCAGUGCACAAAUAGGCACUCUGCAAUAAAGGCUUUCUCUCCUAUUCUUUCCUCCCACCAGUUUGACUGCUGUGGGGUGAACAGCCCAGAGGAUUUUAAGGACAGUCUGUUCAGGGUGAUCAACCAGAAACAUGUGGUGCCCGAAGCCUGCUGCCAGCGUGCCACUCAGACCGAGGAGGUGGCCCAUAUCACCCUGGAGCAGUGCCUAUCAGGAAAUAUGAUGUUCCGCAAUAACAAGGUAACUUCUGCCAUCUUCUCCUGAAAUCUCCUCCUUUUGCCUUCUCCCAAUCCUCCAGCAGGUUUAAUUAGAGCUGGAGACAGCUGAGGGGUGACACACAGGGGCUGCCUGACUCCUCCAUGCCUGAUUAGUGCUUCUCCAUGUUGUGGGUGUCAUGGAAGGCCAUCUUGCCAUGUGUGGACACAGUGUGUAUGCAUCUAAGUGCGUGUGUGUGCGUGUGCUUGUGCAUACCAUGCCAAAUUGGAUUUUUUCUAGAGAAUACAUGUGUGCAAAAACAGAGGAUAAUAAGAGUAUGAAUAUGUGCAAAAUUGUGUGCUUCACACUUCAGCACACGCCCACACACAUCCCUUCCUCCGUGUGUGUAAAGAAAGCCUCGGAGUGAAAUGUAAUUACAGCGAAAGCUGAUAGGAAGAGGUUUUCACCGCACUCUCCACCUGUUGUUUUUCCUGCCAGAAGAACAAUGCAAGGUGUCCACAAUGUGUGCCUCUGUUCAUUCACACAAAGAGGCCUCAUUAUAAGGCACCAAGGCUGGAAGCCCACUUUCCCCCUCAUUCAGCCAGUCCUUUUGUGCACAUCCUCACUCGAUUGAAGCUGCGAUGUUCCUUUAAUUGUCCCCGUAAUUCUGCAAAGUUUAUUGCCCUCUGAUUAUCUCCUGAGUGAAAUGUCUUUGUGUGUCCACAGGGCUGUUACUCUGCAGUCGUUGACUACUUUGAACUGUACAUUUAUGUGGCUGGAGCACUGGCCAUCGUGGUGCUGACUAUUGAGGUAUGAGGGAUCUUCAUUUUGGUGAAAUCAUCACAUGUGCAGCAUCUUCUUUGUUACUCCAGUGAUGCUUAUUUUAGAAAUUUGGGAUUCUGCAUAAAGCAGAAGGUACCGGCCUAAAUAUAGGUAGUGUUAUGCUUAGUCGCGUGCUUUUUGUUUAGCAACAGCUCCAUCUAGUGGUGCAACUUGGUGAUACCAGAUACCAUCAAUAUAUUCCUUUAACGUCUAAAACCACAAAUUAUGGCCUGAAAAUACAUUUUUUUGGAGCUGAAAUCUUUAUUUUACUUACUUCUGAAAACAAAAAAAAUCAAAAUAUCCUUAAAAUUUAACAAAUAUAUAUAUUUAUCCUGUUUGAUGCAUUAGAUGUUUUUGGAAACUGAUAAACCACAAGAGGACAUUUUUAUUAUUUAUCGGAUUCUAUUCAGGUGCUUUUUUAGUGAUUUGUUGAUAAUAUUGAUUUGAUAGAAGUAUCAUAAAAUUAUGUAUUAAAUAUGAUACAAAAGGCAUUAAAGGGUAUGUUUGUUUGUCUUAUUCCAGUAUGCUAAUCGUUCCUUUUUCUUUUCUUCCAUAGCUCUUCGCCAUGGUCUUUGCAAUGUGUCUCUUCAGGGGAAUCCAGUAGAGCUGCUUCAUCUGUGAACUUAUUUUUUUUUCCUAAAGGGAAUUCAGGAGAGAAAAAAAAAGAAUGGACACUUGUAAAUUUGUUGGUCUCUUUUUCUAUUGGCUAAUUGUUUAGAAGAAAAAAACUCAGACUCGUGUACUUCACAGCUGGACUUUUGAGGUACUGGGUGGCAAAAAAAAAAGGAAACACACACGUACACACAGGUAAACCAUACAGAAUGUGGGAGAUCAGAAGCAAAACUGAUGUUAAAAAGAUUUGUGUGUAAAGUGGAACCAGUAAAUUUUGGACCAGGUCUGGCACAGACUGGGCAUAAAGAGGAUGAGCAUGAGGACCAGGUGAAGCCUGAGCAGAAGGCACUGCACUGACUUUUGGAUGAAGAAUAUUUAUAUUAAGUAAAGUUGGCUUAACUGUAAAAAUGUGUUAUGUACACUUUGGCUGUUACCCUUUGACCUUUCAUACUGUAAACUGUAACUUACACCCUCCCUCCAUAUGCCUUUUUUACAGCCACUCUUCCUUAAUGCUGUAUUAUAUAAGCUCUGUGUGUAUGUGUGCCUGAGUGAGAGUGUGUGUGUGUGUGCCUGAGAGUGUGUGUGUGUGUGUGUACAUACUCUUGCUCUUUUUGAAUGUGUAUCACUUGAUUGUGAGCAUGAGACUCUUCAUGACCCCUCCCAAGCUUGAAAGCCAACCUCUGGUUCUUUUUCUAUUUGUACGGUGAUGUUUAUUGCAGUAGUGGUUCCAUGUGGUUUUAGGUGGUGAAAUGUAUGUGUAUGCAUUUGUAUUAGACCCUUGAACAAGUUGAUGACAUAAAUGGCAUUCUGAAUGACCAAACUUUC